AUGAGGGGACACCGCCCCAGGGAAUCCACACGGGUGCGAAUGAACGAGCCGGACGAGGUGGAUGUCAACAGAAGACACCGGUCGCGGCUCACAUCCGAAGACCUGGACGUGGGCAGACAUGAUAUGCCAGGACAAUCAUCGUCCUACCACCGCGCCAUUGAGCGGCGAUACUUAUCGUUGAUCAAAGAACAACUGGGCAAGCCAUUGAUACUGCCUAACGGCGUGAAACCGCCAUCAGGCAUUCCUAAGCCUGACAAGUAUUCAGGCGAAUCCGACGUUGAAGUGUUCAACAAUUGGCUACAAUCACUGCUUAGGUGGCUCCGGCUCCAACUGUACGGAGGCGACGAUAGAGAUAGCGAAUGUGUCGCUAUGAUUGGGCUCUUCGUCGAUGGCAAAGCAGCCACAUGGUACAAUGACGAAGUAGAUGGCAUGUACCAACGCCACCGAUCCUGGACAUUUGCGCGAGUCAUAUUAGACAUGUACGACCGCUUCGUACAACCCACCGUGAUGCAGGAUGCCACUGAGCAAUUCUAUGCCGUUGAAUUCACAACGGCAGGCGGCGUAAGAGGCUUCUAUGAUGACCUAGACCGUAAGGCCGCCCGAAUGAUCCACUCGGUGGACGCCUACACAUUUAGGCGGCAAUUCCUAAUGGGACUGCCAUCGUACAUACGGAAUGUAAUUAUUGACCGUGGAUAUACGGCGGAACGGCACCGCCUGAAAGAAAUAUACCGGGUGGCCAUCCAAGUUGAGGAAGGACGGAUAAUCACUAAGCAUUAUGCUGCGGCCAGCUCGAAACGAGCGGCCAGCUCCCCCAGCACGGGUGAUAAACCACACGCUGGACCCCGUAAGUUCGCCAGGGGAAUGCCACACCAUGGCAAUGAAUUGAGGCCGUUCUCAAGUGGCCUACGCAGGGUGGACCACAACAUCACCAACGGUCCCGCGGUACACAACGGUAAUGCCAAGAUGGAGCGAAAGGAGGAACGGCCGGCAAAGGGGCCCACCAUUAACCGUGCACCUCGGCCUAGUGCGCCACGUCAGGCGAACCCAGGGCCUUUGCAAUCAAGAUGUUAUGCGUGCGGCAACUUGGGACACUUUGCGAGCGACCCCGCCUGCCCCAAACGACAACAGCCAAAGAUGUUUGCUGUACGCGAACUGAGAGGUGACGACGACAAUCAGUCGGCCGCAAUGGAAGUGCUAGAUGGCGCAGAUAGCGCAAGCAGGAACGAUGCAAUCAUCGAGAAUGAUCAAUCAGAAGAGUACGAUUGUUCGAGGUAUUCAUCACCGGUCAGCGACGAAGACAUAUCUCAAAACGAGUACAGGGAUGAGCCCGAAGAAAGGGAUGAUGACGAUCGCAUGGCAGCGAUGAACGAUGCGCAAGGGGAACACAUGUUUACCAUGAGAAACGGUGCACAGGAGCACCAAGAUCGACGACAAACGACGGGAGGCCAAGUUGCAGCUUGGUCACCAGACCACAGGUAUGUGGCAAGGCCCCAGCGAACAAGUGACGAGAAGGCAGUACUAGCAAUGCUAGUGGACAUAGGUGGUGAACAAGCCUUCACACUGUUCGACUCAGGUUGUACGACUGAUAGCCUCAGUCCGGAAUAUGCUAGGAUAGCAAAGAUUCCAUACGGCCAUUUAAAAGAGCCAGUGCCACUACAACUGGGCACGGUGGGGAGCAGCUCGAAGAUAAACUUCGGAGCAGAAACCACCCUAAAACUGGGUCCAAUAGUAUCGAAAACAUACUUCGAUAUAGCCAAUCUGGACCGAUACGAUGCGAUUAUUGGCACCCCCACCAUGCGGAAGUAUGGAAUAGUACUUGACUUCGCGGAUAAAUGCGUCCGAAUAGGCAACCGCACAUUCGACGCACUAAAGGAGGGGGAGGAGACGCGUGUCAUGGCCAGGAGACACUCCAUUCAACGGAGACAAUGA